AUGGACACUCCGAAGUCAACAAUGCUCGAACUACCAUUCGAGCUGCAAGAGCAGAUUCUGUCGCGAAUGCACCCCCUGGAUCGUUUGUCUUUCGGCUUGACCUGUCGUCGCUUAGCUGACCUCAUGUACAUGUCGAGCUACCUGAAGGAAAUCCUGUUCGUCAUACGAGGGGGUUCCGCAGAAUUGUGCAAAAGCCUCCUGAUGAGGAGUCGACGGAAGUAUUGGAACCUCAAGGUACACCGAACCGACUUGAGCGAGUUCGACGCAGAGUUCUGGUCGAGGGUCGGUGGUGAAAUUCGUACUUUGGAAAUUUAUCGUUGCCGAUGGUCGACCGCAAAUCUUCAUGCAAUCCUACAACAUUGCACGAACUUGGAAUCUUUCGAGUUCGGAGGUUGGCUUCCACUCGCUCUCCAGGUCGAGGCUCCUGACAACGUCUACCUGAUGUCAGCGGUCAACAUCCGACAUCUACAUCUCGACAUCAGUCUUACGGUGGACUCACUUGAUCGCUUGCUUCAAUGGAUGCCCAAGUUGACGUCUGUGUCUUUGUCCCGGCUCCCCGUGUUGAAGACUGGAGAGACCCUACGCGACAUCCCCAGCAUAUUAGAGUCUCAACAGAGAUUGACGAGGCUGCAGAUGACCAUAGAAGGGGUGGACGAUUCGGUCGCGAUCAGGCUCGUGAAGAAACACUCGACUUGUCUCCGAGAACUGCGCAUGCAUUAUAGGUAUCGCCCAACGGAAGGGAUGAUGAGUGCAAUCUGUGAGUGUGAGAAGCUGCGCAUCCUUUCUAUGCAGGGGGUCCGCGGCGAGAUUUGGCCUGAGAGGCUGUUUUCCGAGUGUCCUGAUUUGGAGACUUUGGAUGUCACACUGAUAGGCGCGACUGGUCUCUGCCACCGCAUGGAGCGUCUGAAGAAGCUCCGUGAGCUGAGACUUCCUUCUGAUACGACCCCAGACUGGGCUGGCAUUUCGGAUUGCCUCUCGACUCUGAGGAUGAUGGAGGUGCGGCUUAUUCCUGACAGCCUCGAGCAGUAUCAAAACCUUUCCCGCUUUAAAGAACUUCGAGCUUUGACCCUGAGCGGCGUGGAACCGACCCCCGAAUGCUUCGCUGUGCUGGUAGAGAAUUUGGACAAGCUGGAGCAAUUCGAGCUCGAGUGCGAGAAUCUCACCGACUCGGACGGGGUCAAGUUCAAUCUCCUUAGGAAUUUGCGGAGGUUGAAGCUCAACAGCGCCUCUGGCUUCACGGACGUGACGUUCGAGAGCGGUAUCGGGUCGCCGGCGCUCGAAAAACUCGCCUUGGAAUGUUGUCUCCUGAGCGACGAAGGCCUCGCGAGGAUAGCUGCUCACCACCGUAAAAUGACCGAGAUCGUUCUCACAAGUUGCAACGCUUUGACGGACGAUGGGGUCCUGAAUUUUCUCCAACGAGAAUAUACCCUGCGACGUCUCGCACUGAACAAAUGCGCCGCACUCACGGAGGGCACUGUGAGCGCUGUCGCGACCGUGUGUCCCAGACUCCGGUCUUUCCGCUGGAUUUCUUAUCCAGGAUUGAGCAGAGAGACGGUGACCCAAUUCGUGCAGAGGAGACCAGAAAUCGAAAUUCUUGAAAUUUGA